CCCCGUACUCUACUCACACCACCUGCUCUUAUAUUCUUAUUUCCUCCUUCACUGGUCCGUACACAUUUCCGCUCUGCGAUAGAAGACAACGGCGACGACGAUGCUCGGCGGAUUCAUGAGCUACUUUGGCGGGCGUCGCGACCCAAAGAUGUCCUCGCGCGAUGCGAUAGUCACGCUGCGGCAGCAGCUGCAGAUGGUCGAGAAGAAGGAGGAGUACCUCCAGAAGAAGAUUGAGGAAGAGCUCAACAAGGCGCGGGCCAACGCCGUCUCGAACAAGGCCGCGGCGACGGCGGCGCUGAAGCGCAAGAAGGUGACCGAACAGGAGCUCGAGCGGCUCCAGGGCACGCGGUUCCAGCUCGAGAUGCAGGUCAACACGCUCGAGUCCGCGAGCUUCAACUCGGAGACGAUGGCCGCGAUGAAGAAGGCGACGUCGGCGCUGAAGGACAUCCACGGCUCGUUUGACAUCAACAAGGUCGACGCUACGAUGGCGGAUAUACAGGAGCAGACGCAGCUCGCGAACGAGGUCUCAGAGGCGAUCUCGAGCACAGCGUACACGGGUGUGGAGGUGGACGAGGACGAGUUGAGGCAAGAACUUGCAGACCUCGAGCAGGAGGAGCUGGAUACGCGGCUCGCAGGGGCAGACCAUGUCCCAGUACAUCAUCCAGCAGGCAAGGUCACUGCGAAACCGGCGAAGGUUGCGGAGUUGGACGACGAAGAGGCGCAGCUCAAGGAGCUACAAGCUGCGCUCGCGAUGUAGCGCUUGUGGCCCUUCCCUGUUUUUCUCCGAUCUAGGAUCCCCCCGCAUACACCGCCUCCCUUCCUUUACACACCCUCGCUUUGUAAUGACCUUGCUGCCAUUUCGUUCCUGAACCAACCGCCCGAGCCUCCCACUAUAUUUCCUUUCUGUCACCUGUGUUAAUACACAACUCCGGUCCCUUUGUACACUUUACGACAUGUUAUUGUAUAUUCUUACCGGUGAUCUUUUUCCAAUGCAAGGCCCCCAAGAUGCAUAGAG